GGUGUCUGAAAAACUUUGCCAAAACCUUAAUAACAAAGUUGCACUGUAAGAAACUUUGCUCUUCUUGUUCUUCUUGGGUUCGGUUUCAAGAAUCCAUUUACCGCAAACCAAAUUCAAAUGGCAGCGAGACGAGGAAGGAAGGACCAAGAUGCCCCUUUUCCCUGUGAGAGUGUGAGUGCGCGUACGAGCGCUCCCCUCACCCACACUUCUUCCUCCUCGCCUUCUUCUUCUUCUUCUUCUUCUUCUUCUCCUUCACCAACCUCCUCAAGAGCCGGAAGAAGAUAAGGAUCCACACCCCCCCCCCCCCCCAUCGCGGCGAUGACGACGGCCGUGAAGAAGCUCCGGUGGGCCACGGACGGCGGCUUCUGGGACCUCGACGUCUCCACGCCCGCCACCCUCGACGGGCUGGCCCGACCCGUGCCCGGGAACCCGCUCCCCCUGGGCCUAUCCAGGGGGACCCGGCUCUCCCGGCCCAAGCAGAUCGACUUCAUGCAGCGUUUCAUGACCGCCCCCUUCAUCCCCUCUUUCGCCGGCGACCCGGGUCGCGGCGGGUCCGGGCUCUCUCUCCAGAGGGUUCUCACCAUUCCCUUUGGGGAGAACUGGUUUGCUACUUUAUUAGGUCAGUUCAAUCUUCAGAAGUUUGUAUCGUCUGUUAAAGAAAAGGGGCUAUUGCAAGAGCAGGACUCCACUUGGUGGCGAGGCAUUGGGAGGCAUCUACGGGAUAAAUCUUUGUACGCGUUGAAUUUUUGCUCAGAGAUGCUGUUAACACCUGAAGAUACACUGCUUGUUAGCUUAGAAGAGUAUGGUGACGAGAGGACGCCUCGCAGGAAGGCAGUUUUUCAUCACAAGUUUCCACAUCACAAUUUGCUGGUAGAGGCAUUCUCCCCAGGACUUUUUGUUAGUAAGGAUGGUACUUACUGGGAUGUCCCGCUUUCAAUUGCUUGUGAUCUCGCAUCUAUUGCUUCUGACUCUGGUUCCAGUUAUCAUCUAUCGAUGCACCAUAACUCGGGCUCAUUGAGGCACUGUGAAAAUAAUGAAAUAAUACCUACUCGCGAAGUACCUGCUACACUUCUUCCUGGAACGGCCCUUAAAGGUGCCUAUUCUUUCAAGAAGAACAUUGAUUUAUGGAGAAGUAAAGCCCCAAAGUUGAAGCUAGUGCAACCAUAUGAUGUGUUCCUCUCAAAUCCCCACGUUACUGCAUCAGGAAUUGUUGGUGCUGCCGCGACAGCCUCCUUCGGGGAUAAUGCGGUAAAGUCACAUGUAGCAGAUAUAUCACAGAAUAAUACGGGAAUCUGCUUUAAUGCUCCUGCAAUUAAAUCCGCCCUCAGAGGCGAUGUUUUUGCAGCUGUUGCAUUUACUGCUCAGCUCGGCAACUUCCAGAGGCUUUUCUUAGAUCUUACCCGUUUCCACGCCUGCCUAGACUUUCCUUCUGGUUCCAAGUUUCUAACUGGUGCUGUGCUUUUAGCUCAAGAUCUUCUAAAUUCUCAAAGGCCAAACCUAGAGACACUCCAGGCAAUUUGUCCUAAUGCAACCCUUUCUCUUCAGCAGCAGAUUGGUGGACCUUUCAGUGUCAGAGUUGAUUCGAGGGUCUCAGUUGACUUGAAGGACCGGGACCGACCUGUACGUGUUGAUGAUUCGGUGUUUGCCAUUGAAUACGCUCUACAGGUUCUUGGUUCUGCCAAGGCUGUUGCUUGGUACGCUCCGAAGCAACAGGAGUUCAUGGUGGAACUUCGGUUUUUUGAGACCUAACUAUAGUGAUUGCUUUUCCUCUUGCAUUAGAUGGUUGUAGCACUUAUGGGAUAGCUCCUGUUUCAUUCAUGGUGAUUUUCUGCAACAUGAAAUGAACAUGAUGAUGCUGAGUCCAACCUAGAAGCAUUUGCUCGGAGAUAUCCAUUGUCAGCUCGAGGUUGAUCUUAUAGCUGAAUAUAAGAAUGAUUCAUAUCA